AUGUUAAAGCUCACUGAUGAUGCCGACUACGAUGCCUGCGAAACUUUAGAGAAUGUUUUAAUUUACCGAAUAGCCCUCUCUUUAUUACAUUCUCCUUUAUCUUUCUGUCUAUUACUUCUCCUCCGUGGAGGUGUAUCAGGUAUAGUCAAAUGCCUUGCAACCGCAAAUGCCAAUGAUGGAGACAAGUCUAGUCGCUCCUUAGCCACUAUUGAACCGGUCGCCUACGAUGCUCUCUUUGGUCUGGCUAGACUCUGCGUUUCUCCACCCACCGUUCCAUCACUCUCAACUUCAUUUUCGAUCGAAAUGGUUUCAGCAUUCACCCUUUACUCAGAUGGACGGCAAACAAAGUUAGAGUCCUGCGUUAAUAAGCUUAAGUCAGGAGAUGACUUAAAAUCAAGUCCUGAAAGGAAGGCUUCUGAAGGAGAGACUGAAAUGCAAAAAAUCGAUCAAAAUGAGCAGCAGAAAUGGAUGCAGUUUCCUUCUUUUCUUAAAACAGCAUCUCCGGUAAACGUGUAUUCUUCGUCUCUAGCGGCUGCCUGGGUUGCUCAGAUUUUAGCAAUGGAUGACUUUUUCCUCCCUAUCAUGUUACUUCUGGAGGCAUGGGCACAUCUUGAGGCUAAUGACUCUCCAUCUAAUGAGGAUAAAACAAGCAUUUCUGUCACAUCUGGACCUGGGGGCUCGGCUGACACGACGAAAGUUUCGAAAAAGCCUCCACUUUCGCGCACUACUCUCUCCUCUUCUAUAGAGCCGGCCAGUCUUGUUGCCACUAUCACAUUGGCGCUUAUUCAACAUAGCGAAGAUGCUAGUUAUCUGAAUAGAUAUGGAGUUAAACUGGCCCGACUUACCAGUGCUACACAUUGGGAGGAGAGUCUUGGAGAAAAUUCCCCCGCCAGCGUCUUCCUUCGUCUUCGUUCAUUCAGCUCAACUUUAGCACCCUGGCUACACUGGCUUCGAGAUCUUCCUACACCCAUUUCUGUCUCUACUAGCGCAGUUGGUAGCGGUGGCCCAGGCAAGCCUGCUCUUUCUCUUGCUCUGCCCGCCUCACCGCUUUCAGUUGACUCGUUGCCUUGGCUGAUUGGCCAGCUGCGUUCGUUAACGACUGAUCUAGAAGAAUCACUCGACAACCUAGUAGACAUCGAGCUGGCGGGUGAGCUUAUAAUCGCUGUCUGUCGCGAUCUAUCUCCUGCAGAAGGCCUGCUGGCAGGCUCCGCCCCUCGAUGUCCUUAUGGACCUAACCAUAAGCAAAUGCGUCAUAAUCCCCAGUGUAGGCAGCAACAAUAUUCUGCUUCUAGUUGUUCGUGCAUUCUCGGGCAAAACAGUUCUACAAGUCAAGGGGGUGACAUAGCAGGCCAUUCGCUGCCACCAGCACUUCUUGUUUUGCUACGUCUGCUAGUUGGUCAGGUCUGUACGUUUUCGCAUGGCGAAGAGGACGCCGACACAUUCGGACUGGGCAUGGCUUUUGGCACUCGACUUUCUCUUGAUGUGCUGCCGGAACGCCAACUUGUAUUAAAUCAGUGUCUAGCAGCCAUCCGUCUCUAUAGCAUGGAUGGACUUGCCUUACUGACCAACUUGAUACAGCGUCUAUCCGACUUUUUCAUACUCUUCAGUCAAGCUGACUGGUCACGAGGCUCCAGUAGUGACACUGCAUAUAUAUCAUCCGCGCCGGCGUUCCUCUGUAGCAGCAAGACUGACUUGCUGCUAGCCAUGCUUGCGCCUGCGUGCCGAUUAGUGAGCUGUUUAGUACGCCGACUUAGUCUUGUCAGAUUGCAGCUUCAACAUGCCGAUCAGCAUUUGUUAGGGCCUGGUGAACAUCUGAAGGCACAGGGUAUUAGUGUAGAUGCUACCAUUUCAGAGCCUAUUGUCGGAGCGGCUGAUAAGAAUUUUCACGAGACCGGCUUUGCUGAUACUACUCCAGUGCAGGCUUUGUUCCAGGCAUAUGCAUGUGCUUUGCUCGCCAGCCCCCCGAUGCCGCAGAGAAUGAGGCAUAUUAAUCAAGUUAGCUAG